AUGGACACACGUUUUGUUUUAAUAUUUAUUGUCCUUUUCGGUCAAGUAUUAUGUGAAGAAUUAAGAUUCAUCCUUCCAUCAAAACCCUCGACCAAUUUUACUUCUUUGGCUUCAAAGUAUGGAUUCAAAGCGGAAUACUACGACAUAUUCACCGAUGAUGGUUACAAACUUGGACUAUUCCAUAUUCCGGGAAAAAAACCGGGACCGAUACUGUUAAUGCACGGAAUAGCUGACACCAGCGACACCUGGCUAUUGAGAGGCAAAAACUCUCUCGGAAUCACACUCGCAGAAAAAGGAUACGACGUCUGGUUCGGAAAUAUCAGAGGGAACAAAUAUUCCAGACAUCAUAAGAAACUAAAUCCAGAUAUAGACAAUGCGUUCUGGGAGUACAGUUUUCACGAGCACGGCUAUUACGACCUCAAAGCGAUAAUUGACACCGUUCUAUUCGAGACAAAAUCUACCAAACUGACAGCUAUCGGUCAUUCUCAAGGUAACACGAUUUUUUACGUGCUGGGGUCUACUCGGCCGGAGUAUAAUGACAAGAUCAACGUUCUGAUAUCGCUCGCACCCGUUUGCUAUCUCAGCCACGCGCCAUCACCUCUCGCAAUACUCAUAAAAUUCGCUCCAGAGAUAAAUGCCAUCGCAAAGGCCAUAAAUUUGAACGAAAUAUUCGGAAACUCCACUAUAAACGGGAGGUUUAUUGAUCUUUUAUGUAACCACGUAUUGAUCGGAUAUCCCGUAUGCGCUCUGGGUGCACUGCUACCACUAUCAGGUUUCGAUUUAUCAGAAUUCGGACCGGCUUUUUAUCAAUUAGCAAUUGAACAUUUCCCGGCAAGUACGACAAGGCACAAUUUAUACCACUUCGCCCAAGUUGCUAGAAGAAAGAGUUUCUCAAAAUUCGACUACGGUCCUGAGAGGAAUAUGAAGGAAUAUAAAACUGUGAUGCCUCCGGAUUAUGAACUGAAAGCGGUUAAAAUGCCAGUGGUUUUAUUAGCAGCUAAUAACGACAAAGUAUGUAUGUUAGAAGAUGUUAAAAGAUUGAGAUCCGAACUACCAAACGUUGUGAAUUAUCAAAUUAUCAAACGCUAUCUGAUGAACCAUUUCGACUACGUGUGGGGAGAGAACAUGCCGUACUACCUGUUCCCGUAUAUUUUUGAAGCUAUUGAAAAUAUUAAAUAG